CCAUAAAUUACAACUUUUCUUAAUCCCAAAACUCAAAAGGUACUGAAAAUCAACAAACUAAAGACAAACCCACAAAAUCCCCUUUUAAAGCAAUCAAAUAUCCCCAAAUCGAUCAUCUUCUCUCUCAUUCCACGAUCCAUAAUUCCCCUAAAUUCCCGUCAAUUUCUCUCUAGUGUCGCCGUUGCCGGCACGUCGGCGACUUUCUCUCUCUAAAUGAGGUUCUUAAAAAAGGUAUUCGGGUUUCUAGGGUUUCCGAAGGAUGAAGGUCAUGAAUCCAGGGAGGAAGAUGACGAUGUUAAUACUACUAAUAAUUCCGACGAUGUUCAUCGCAAUCGGAUGAAUGUAGACCCAAUUCAUACGGGACCACGUAAAGGGUUCAGUGUUCCAGUCCAAGUUCCCGUUGAACGUCCUGCUGUGGGUCCCAUUUUGGUCCCUUGUAAUGGCAAUGGUGGACUUCAGGGUCUUAAGUGGUAUGCUCAACGUCUGAGAAUAGACGAAGACGGGGAUAUAGCAGAUGAAUUUUUUCAUGAAGUUUUACAAGAUACAUCACAUUAUUCACAUAUCACGCCAGACCAGCCGAAGUCAUUCCCAAGGUACCAAGUUAAGAGCAACGUAAGACGCGUGAAAGUAAAAGAUCAACGAUUGGCUCCUGACGGGAAGUUUCAAAACGGGGUAGACUGUCAAGGUCAGUUGCAGUGGGUAUAGCAGCAAACAAGGAGCUUGAUAUCACUGGAUAAUAGGGAGUUUGAUGACAGGUAAAAUCAGAGCCUAAAAUUGACUGAAGUUUUUUUUAUUGCUGAAGAAACAGGAGCCAAAAUGUUGCAUUGUACUCCAACGGCUUUCCCCCUGCAAUUUAGACUUCUGUUCUUUUUGUCAGGGAGUUUGUGUUUAUAUCUAUAUAUAUCUGGCGUUGAGCGUUUGCCUUAUUUUGAAACAAGAUGAAUAUUAUGAAACAAGAUUAGUAUUCUUAUUUUGAAGCAAUUUAGGGUUUGCUGGGCUGUUUGAUGAUGCAACAAGAUCAAUAUUCUUAAAUUUACUACUUGAAUCAAUGUUUCAAGCUGAUAUUGUAAGAUUUCUGGUCUUUUGGAACGUAGUUGAGUGAGAGAAACCAGGAGUAUAUGCUUUCAUUGCAUAGGAAAAGCUAAGUAAUUGCACCCUUUUUGUGAUAGUUAACAACUGUUUUCUUUUCUUCGUUGUUUGACUAAUGCAUGUAAGCAUUUUGAUUGAGAA